GAGGAGUCGGUCGGAGUCCCUGGGCUGAGAGCUCGAGAGCUACCGGCGCCACCACCCUCCGCCGCGUCACUGCUCCCGGGCCCGCCCUUCUGUGGCCCCUCCUCCCCACUCCUCUUCGCCCUCCUCUCCCCGCCCCUCCGACCGAGCGGUGACUUAAGCAACGGAGCGCGGUGAAGCUCAUUUUUCUCCUUCCUCGCCGCCGCGCCGGGCACCUCGCGGCGCGUGGCCCUCACACUCCCGCCCGAGAUGAAUGCUGCGGCAGACGCCGAGUUCAACAUCCUCCUGGCCACCGACUCCUACAAGGUUACUCACUAUAAACAGUACCCACCCAAUACAAGCAAAGUUUAUUCCUACUUUGAAUGCCGUGAAAAGAAGACAGAAAACUCCAAAAUAAAGAAGGUGAAAUACGAGGAAACAGUAUUUUAUGGGUUGCAGUACAUUCUUAAUAAGUACUUAAAAGGUAAAGUAGUGACCAAAGAGAAGAUCCAAGAAGCCAAAGAAGUGUAUAGAGAGCAUUUCCAGGAUGAUGUCUUUAAUGAAAAGGGAUGGAACUACAUUCUUGAGAAAUACGAUGGGCACCUUCCAAUAGAAAUAAAAGCUGUUCCUGAGGGCUAUGUCAUUCCCCGAGGAAAUGUUCUCUUCACAGUGGAAAACACAGACCCAGAGUGUUACUGGCUUACAAAUUGGAUUGAGACUAUUCUUGUUCAGUCCUGGUAUCCAAUCACAGUGGCCACAAAUUCUAGAGAGCAAAAGAAAAUAUUGGCCAAAUAUUUGCUGGAGACAUCUGGUAACUUAAAUGGUCUGGAAUACAAGUUACAUGAUUUUGGCUACAGAGGAGUUUCUUCCCAAGAGACUGCUGGCAUAGGAGCAUCUGCUCAUUUGGUUAACUUCAAAGGAACAGAUACAGUAGCAGGAAUUGCUUUUGUUAAAAAAUACUAUGGAACAAAAGAUCCUGUUCCAGGCUAUUCUGUUCCAGCAGCAGAACACAGUACCAUAACAGCCUGGGGGAAAGACCGUGAAAAAGAUGCUUUUGAACAUAUAGUAACACAGUUUUCAUCAGUGCCUGUAUCUGUGGUCAGCGAUAGCUAUGACAUUUACAACGCAUGUGAAAAAAUAUGGGGUGAAGACCUAAGACAUUUAAUACUGUCAAGAAGUACAGAGGCACCACUAAUAAUUAGACCUGAUUCUGGAAAUCCUCUGGACACUGUAUUGAAGGUUUUGGAUAUUUUGGGUAAGAAGUUCCCUGUUACUGAGAACGCAAAGGGCUACAAGUUGCUGCCACCCUAUCUUAGAAUUAUUCAAGGGGAUGGAGUAGAUAUUAAUACCUUACAAGAGAUUGUAGAAGGCAUGAAGCAAAAAAAAUGGAGUAUUGAAAACAUUGCCUUUGGUUCUGGUGGAGCUUUGCUACAGAAGUUAACGAGAGAUCUCUUGAAUUGUUCCUUCAAGUGUAGUUAUGUUGUAACCAAUGGCCUUGGGAUUAAUGUCUUCAAGGACCCAGUUGCUGAUCCCAACAAAAGAUCCAAAAAAGGUCGAUUAUCUUUACACCGGACACCAGCAGGGAAUUUUGUUACACUUGAGGAAGGAAAAGGAGACCUUGAAGAAUAUGGUCAUGAUCUCCUCCAUACUGUCUUCAAGAAUGGGAAGGUGACAAAAAGCUAUUCAUUUGAUGAAAUAAGAAAAAAUGCAGAGCUGAAUAUCGAACUGGAAGUAGCACCUCAUUAGGCUUUACGAGUGGGUGUGUGUGCUCGCCUGCGUGUGUGUGUACGUGCAUGCACGCACGCGGACACCUAUGUGUAUGUAAUAAUGUUUAUUGUACAGAUGUGUGGGGGUUUCUUUGUGUUUUAUGAUACAUUACAGCCAAAUUAUUUGUUGGUUUAUGGACAUACUGCCCUUUCGUUUUUUUUUUUUUUUCCAGCAUUUAGGUGAUCUCAAAUUAGGAAAUGCACUUAACCAUGUAAAAGAUUAAUGGCUAAGGCAAGCUUUUUAGGGCCCUUUGCCGAUAGAUAGUAAUUCAAUCUGGUAUUGAUCUUUUCACAAAUAACAGAAUCCAGAAACUUUUAUAUAUAACUGAAGAUCACAUAAAACAGAUUUGCAUAAAAUUAUCAUUGAUUGCUUUAUGUUUAUAUUUAACUUGUAUUUUUGUACAAACAAGAUUGUGUAAGAUAUAUUUAAAGUUUCAGUGAUUUAACAGUCUUUCCAACUUUUCAUGAUUUUUAUGAGCACAGACUUUCAAGAAAAUACUUGAAAUAAAUUACAUUGCCUUUUGUCCAUUAAUCAGCAAAUAAAACAUGGCCUUAACAGAGCUGUUUAUGUUAUUGUACAAUUUGAAAAUUAUGUCGGGACAUACCCUAUAGAAUUACUAACCUCACUGCCCCUUGUAGAAUAUGUAUUAAUCGUUCUACAUUAAAGAAAAUAAUGGUUCUUACUGGAAUGUCUAGGCACUGUACAGUGAUUAUAUACGUUGGUCAUUGUAUUGUACCAGUGAAAUGCCAAAUUUGAAGGCCUGUACUGCAGUUUUAUAUGUCAGAUAUUGCCUGUGGCUCUAACAUGCACCUCAAGAUUUUAAGGAGAUGUUUUUAGAGAGAAUUUCUGCUUCCACGAUAGAAUAUAUACAUAAAUGUAAAAUAUUAACAAAAGUGGAAGUAGUGUAUUUUAAAUUACACUUCUGAAUUUAUUUUUCCUAUUCUAUAGCUGAUACGACUUAAAUGAAUUACUGGAAUGGGUAGUGAGUGUACUUAUUUUAAAUGUUUUGAUUCUGUUAUAUUUUUCAUUAAGUUUUUUAAAAAUUAAAUUGGAUAUUAAAUUGUAUGGACAUCAUUUAUUAAUUUUAACCUGAAUUCCUCAAUAAAUAAUGCACAAGCAAGUUCUUAAAUGAGGAUAAAUUAAAGCAUGAUGACAUGAGUUUGAAGAGAAGAAUCUUAACCAAGAGUAGUAAGUUGGCUACAUUCAAAGUGUUCAACAUCAAAAAUGUUCUAGAGUGAUUAACUGCUAGAUUCUGAGUCAGUCAUCACAUCUGACAAGAGACCAGUUUUGUUUUAAUGAUUCUUGUCUAUUUACGUCUGUUCUAAGGCAGGAGUUGGCCAACUGUGGCCAAGUUCAGACUACUUUCUUUUUUAUAAUAAAUACCUGUUGUCUAUGA